CAGGGGCGGACUGACAACACAUGGGGCCCCCGGGCAAUAGGGGAUCAUGGGGCCCCUGUGUCCUUGCUCAAACUCAAAAAAGCCUAUGAAAAAGGUACCAGGGGCAUCUCAUGGGGCCCCCUAUUCCUCCCACUGACACUAAUGAUAGGGCACUAUUCCUCCCACACUGACAGCAAUGAUGGGGCACUAUUCCUCCCACUGACACCAAAUGAUGGGGCACUAUUCCUCCCACUGACACCAGUGUAAUGAUGGGGCACCAUUGUUGGUGUCAGUGGGAGGAAUAGUGCCCCAUCAUUGGUGUCAGUGAGAGGAAUAGUGCCCCACUGUUGUCAAUGGGAGAAAUAGUGCCCCCUCAUUGGGUGUCACUGACACCAAUGCCCCAUCAUGGGUGUCAGUGGGAGGAAUAGUGCCCCAUCAUGGGUGUCAGUGGGAGGAAUAGUGCCCCAUCAUGGGUGUCAGUGGGAGGAAUAG